AUGCUCCCUUCGGCCCCGAUAGAUAAAGACCAAGACACCAAGAAUGAUAGUCCUGGGCGUGACGAUUCGGCUUGUCAUAUCAUAACCUCGUACACUCUCUCCACUGCAGUCUACUAUCGGCCUGUCCCUCAACCCACCCCAGUGCACACAUUCAUCCUCACCCCAGGAGCCAACCAACCUGGACCGGCGCCAAGUCAAGAAACACCUCAUCCCCCGACCCUGCGGAAACGGAAUCCUUGGCCAGAUGGUCCGAGUCAGGAUUCCUCGGCGGAUACCAACAAACUCAAAGUACGACCCGGGUCCGGCUCUUUCCCAUGGAAAGAUGUCUACGCCGUGCCACAUAUCACCUCUUUGGGAAAUUGCCCCACCACGACCUCUCUACCUACACCCCCAACUCCCCCAAGCCCCAACUCACAUCCUACAUCCGACCAUGACCUCAACGCCGCCCAUAAAGUCAACAUCCACCUGGCAAUACUCGUAGGCGGACUCACCGUUGGAAUCAUCGUCAUCACUAUCCUGAUAGCGGUGGCUGGUUGUAUAAUUUACACCAGACGAAGGAAAAGGCGGUCCAACGCGGGCAAUCAGCUAUCGGACGUUGACGACACUCUCACCUGCCAGAGCAAUAACACAGCCGGAACCUCCCGGACAACUAUGUCUGAACGUCAGCUUCGAUGCCAAACUGGAUGGCAAAUGAAAGAAUUCAUGCAUCAGGGAUUGCACUCGUCCUUCAGCUCUUCCGCCCUAUCCCCAUCCUCUUGCGACAAGGUCGAAAUAUUAGCUCGCUCGGGAACCUCAUCAGACCCGUUCAAUGAUCGAGCCAUUCCCUGGGGUAGAUCGACACAUCCAGUCAUUUAUGGCAAUCACUCGGAAUCUCUUUCUGAUACCUGCUCAACAGAUGCCCCAUCGUAUUUCCCUGGAGACGACAUACGAUACACCAAUAUGCCGCUGGGUAGCACGACCGCGUUGACCGAAGUGAGCUGUGCAGCAACGAUCGAUAGCAAUUCAAAUAGUGUUUGCCCCACCCGCCUGCAUAUCCCUACCUCCUCCCAGCCUUCGGAUUCCACCACCAGCCCCAUUGUCACCGCGAACUUGAGCUCGCUGAUCAAGCAUAAGGCAUUUGUGUCAUCGAUGAUGAGCGAACCAAUUUCUUUACAAUCAAUUCAAUCCGAUUCCCUCCAACCGCCACACCUAUCACCACCCGAGCCUGUACUUACGUCAAAGAGUAGGCCGCAAAGUUCGCAAAGUUUUGCCGACUCGGUAUUAUCGGAUUCGACCCAUGAAUCUAUGUAUUGGAUCAAUCGGCCUAAGUCAUAG